AUUUUGUUGAUUACCUGUCACCUAACCCCAAAAACUCACCAUCUACAAUGUCCCAUUCUCGCAAAACUUUAUCUUUAACACUCACUGAUUUGCAAUUUCGACACCCAUCUUUCGUAAUCACUCGUAUAGGCAUAUAAAAGGGACGUAAUUUACAGUCUAAAUGUUGUGGAUAAGGCCGUAAUCAUAUCGUUCAUAUCAAGAUAUAAAGUAAAUCUUGAUUUGCACUGUAAAGUCCUAUUGCGGCGGUGCCUGCUUUUUCUCUCAGGGUCUGUGUUAAUCUAUUGGAAUCUGAUGGUUUCUUGAUCUGGGAGAAAGAUCGCAUUUUUAUUUGGGCGUUUAUGUUUAGAUAUAUGAUGUUGCACAGUUCGUUCAGUUCUUGGAUCAGCCAUUUCCUUGCUUGCAUGGGGAUGAGAUCAGAGGCUCUACAUUUAUUUAAAUUGGGGGAGGUAGUGCUAGAUAUGAUAAACUCAAGGAAAACCCAAGUGAAUUGUAGAGAAUUAGUUAACUCUAGCCGUAUUCUUCUGAGUUGUGAAGACUGGUUUUACAUGAGCUCAAAACAAAGAAAAAGCAAAUAAUAUGCCAGCACAGAAGUUGUAUUGGUUGUUGUGAUAAAUCUCAUCCAAUCACUGCUGUGGACGAACCAUCAAAAGGACUAAGAAUUCAAGGCCAGCUGGUGAAGAAACAUAAUAUGUCAGACGACUUCUGGAGCACCAGCACGUGUGAUUUGUUGGAGAACAGCGCACUUCAGUCACAGAGAAGCUAUUCAUCAAUCAGCGUCUCAAAUCAAAGUGUCAGUUGCAGUGGCAGUGCUAGCAACCCUCCAGAGUUUAUAAAUCAUGGUCUGCUGCUAUGGAACCAAAGCCGGGCUCAAUGGGUCGGAACUAAGAAGUCCCAAACCCCUAAAAAAAAUCGAGAACCUGUAUUAAGUUGGAAUGCGAGUUACGAGAACCUGCUGGGGACAAGCAAGCGGUUCCCACAGCCCGUUCCUCUCUCUGAAAUGGUUGAUUUUCUGGUGGAUAUAUGGGACCAAGAGGGGUUGUAUGAUUGUUGAAGAUUCAGAAAACUCUUAUAUCUUCUCUUCACUAAUAUACUGUUUAAGUUUGAGCUUUUAAAGAAAUGGGAUUAUUUGAUGUAUAGUUUGCAAAGGGUUAGAGAUUGAUAAUUGUGCAAAUUCUGGUGAAAUAUUUUAAUAACAUGAAUAUAUUUGUGUUA